GGCUCGGUACGCAAACUGGAAGGGGUCAAUGGUGGGCGGGAGAACGGAUCGGAUGUGCUCCAUGACAAGCCGCUCAACCACCAUGAGCAAGUAAAACACCAGGGUCGCCACCUGACAGAAGACGCAAUAAGGGCUGCUGGGCUUUGGCUUAUAGGUGGCAAAAGACUUGUCAACUCUGUGAUCCACAAAUGCAUUAUUUGCCGCAAACUACGUGGAAAACAGGAAGAACAACGCAUGGCAGAUCUGCCAUCUGAACGCCUUAAAAUGUGUCCUCCUUUUACUUAUGUGGGCCUUGAUGUUUUCGGGCCAUGGACAAUAACUACCAGGCGUACUAGAGGUGGACAAGCCCAAAACAAGCGCUGGGCCAUCAUGUUUAGCUGCAUGAGUUCGAGAGCUGUACAUAUUGAGGUGAUCGAAUCCCUGGACACAUCCAGCUGUGUAAACACCCUGAGACGCUUCUUUGCUCUGAGGGGUCCCGCCAAAAGUCUUUUAUCUGAUCGAGGUACAAACUUCAUUGGGGCAUCCAAGGAGCUAAGAAUGGACAGUACAGUACAACAGUAUCUAAGUGACCAAGGGUGCAUCUGGGAAUUCAAUCCACCUCAUGCCUCCCACAUGGGAGGCGCCUGGGAGCGCAUUAUUGGUGUGGCUCGAAGAAUUCUGGACUCCAUGCUGCUUCAAAACAAGGUAGAACUAACUCACGAAGUGUUGUGCACUCUCAUGGCGGAAGUUACAGCCAUCAUAAAUGCAAGGCCACUUCUCCCAGUUUCUUCGGAUCCAGACAAUCCAUUCAUUCUGUCUCCGUCAAUGCUCCUCACACAGAGAUCGUGCCUUCUACCACCUCCUGGAGAAUUCUUGGAGAAGGACUUGUACACUAAGCAAUGGAGGCAAGUUCAGGCUCUUGCCAACCAGUUUUGGAUGCGUUGGAGGAGGGAGUACCUGCCCUUACUACAAAAGAGACAAAGAUGGACUCAAUCUAGAAGAAAUCUGCAAGUCGGUGACCUUGUUUUGCUCAAAGACAAGCAGGUCACACGCAACAGCUGGCCUAUGGCCCGGGUCACUGCAACAUUCCAUGGAAAGGACAAUCGUGUAAGAAGGGUCGAAGUUAAAGUCAGUGACCAAGGCAACAUUAAGACAUUUAUGCGACCAGUGACGGAAAUCCUCCUCCUCCUCCCCAAAGACUGAUUCU